UUGAGCCCUGCACCCCUUUGUGGUAAGGGGAAAUCCUGAGACUGACGCAGCCUGAUUCCUGCUUGAGGGGGAUCCCUGUCAGCAGACAGCAGCCCCUUUGCAGUGACUGAGGAAUCCCGCGUCAUCUUCGAACCUGAGGAUCAUUCAUGGAGAUUCCAAGUUCCUGCUUCUGCCGCCUCCUCAAUCUUCUUCCAGGGCAUUGGCGGCUUGCGCUGACCUCUGAUCUAACCCCGCCGAGGCGUCACUUCCUGUUGUCCGCGCGUGGGAAGCGGCCGGAGAAGAAGGUGCCGCUUGCGGGCUCCGUGAGGCAACGGGGAUCAUGGCUCGAAAUGCAGAAAAGGCUAUGACAGCCUUGGCGAGAUUUCGCCAAGCUCAGCUUGAGGAAGGAAAAGUUAAGGAAAGAAGACCUUUUCUUGCAUCAGAAUGUAAUGAGUUGCCUAAAGCUGAGAAAUGGAGACGUCAGAUUAUUGGAGAAAUUUCCAAGAAAGUGGCACAGAUUCAAAAUGCUGGUUUAGGUGAAUUCAGAAUUCGAGACUUGAAUGAUGAAAUUAACAAACUCCUAAGAGAGAAGGGGCACUGGGAGGUCCGGAUAAAGGAGCUGGGAGGUCCUGAUUAUGCAAGAGUUGGUCCUAAAAUGCUAGAUCAUGAAGGAAAGGAAGUUCCAGGAAACAGGGGUUACAAAUAUUUUGGAGCUGCUAAAGAUUUACCAGGUGUCAGAGAGCUCUUUGAAAAGGAACCCCUCCCUCCUCCAAGGAAGACUCGAGCUGAGCUUAUGAAGGCUAUUGAUGCAGAGUAUUACGGCUACAGGGAUGAAGAUGAUGGUGUCUUGGAGCCAUUGGAACAGGAACAUGAAAAGAAAGUCAUAGCAGAAGCAGUGGAAAAAUGGAAGGUAGAGAGAGAGGCACGACUUGCGAGAGGUGACAAGGAGGAGGAAGAGGAGGAAAUAAACAUCUAUGCCGUCGAUGAUGAGUCUGAUGAGGAAAGCUCCAAAGAGAAAGAAGGCGAAGAAGGGCAGCAGAAAUUUAUUGCCCAUGUUCCAGUGCCAUCACAGCAAGAGAUUGAGGAAGCUCUUGUGCGGAGGAAGAAGAUGGAACUUCUCCAGAAGUAUGCCAGUGAAACUCUCAUGGCACAAAGUGAAGAUGCGAAAAGGCUCCUAGGGUUGUAGUGUCUCACCACUUAGUGGCAUGUUUAUUUUUUAUUUUUUACAAUCCAUCCUGACAGCAGUUACUUUGAUCCCCUAAAUAUAGACUCAUCAGCAACUCUGUUAGUCUUUGCUGAUGCUAAGACUAAAAGGUGAUCCUCCUGCAUAUUUUCCUAAAACACUCCAAUGUUUUAGGUAGCCUACUCCAUAUAGGUUUUUCCUCUUAUCUUUCUCCACCCUAAGGAAUGUAUUUGUUGUCCCUCAAUCUCAAAAAAGACCAACAAAAAUAAGUUGGCCUCCUUCAUGUUUUCAGUACUGUUUUUUUUUUCCCUAGCUUCCAUUUAUUUCCCCUACUUUCCUGUUUUCCCUUUCUCUAGUGGUCACUUCCAUAGCGACCACUCUUGAAUAGAAAAGCAAACCAAACCAUUUCCUUCUGAAACUAGAGGAGAUGCCCUAGGAGUGACAUGGCUGGCAAAUACUUUUCAUUCCUCCACAUUCUGACUAUUAAUUCUACCGUCCUGUGGUGACCUCUAGAUGGAGGUCUGCUAAUUCUAAACUAUUAGGAUAGCCUAUAACCUCUUAGUCUGAGAUGGAGUUUGAAGACUGUUUCCAUGACUAUUUUAUAAAUUUCAGAAAAAUCACUCAAACUCUGAAGAAGUAAACUCUCAUUUAUCUGCCCAAGCAGUGCAGUUUUCUUGUAGUCUGUCUAAAGCUCUUUUCCUGUUAUGAUUCAUGACUGUUGCUGGAUGGAUUGCUAGAGUGCUGGAUAUUUCAGCAAUUAUUGUAAUUACUUUUUCACCUUUGUAAUAAGUUACUCAGAUCUUUUUAGUAAAGCAUUUUAUACAAAGU